AUGGAGGUGAUCGAGAGCAGAGAGCAUAGCUCUGUUGGCCCUACGGGGGCAGAGUCCACCAUGACAAAUGGAGAGCGAAAUCCCUUCUUGGAUGACCCUCUCAUGGAUGACGGUCGAUCCAGCAGCUUAAGCGAGAUUGAUGAGCUGUCAGAUAAUGAGCCCUCUGAUUUUGAAGAUUCAAUCAAACCGGAAAGACAGCUCGAGAACGAUUCGGAGGCAGAAACCGAGCGCAUCGAGGACUCUCCUCACCAUAUUCGCAAGCGUGGGGAUAUCGUCCUCAGCGCUGGUAGUGCUGGUCCAAGUCCAAGCAAGCUGCAUCAGUCGACAACCCUGGCCGACGUCGACGAUGAUGAGCAGCUGCUAGAUGACUCCCCGAGCAAGCCGCGAUCCUCCCAUAACAAUGGAUUGACUGAUGACAUUCCCGACCUUGAUGACAUAGAUCUCCCCGAUAGCAGCGGGAAAAAGCGAAAGCGCGUCGAAGCUGGCGAUGAUACCGGGACCGAGAUCGGCGAUGAAGAGCCCAUCAAGAAACGCCGAAGUUCAAUCAAAAGCGACUUGAGCGAUCCAAUUGACGACGACAUGCCUCUCUCCCCAGAGCCCAUCGAAGACCCCAUCGCUACAAAUGAGGACGAGUUGCCGGUCGACGACGCCCCAGAAUCUGAUCUUCCUACUCCACCAGUCAAAGGCAAAAGAGGCAAAAGAAGUAAGCGCCGAGGCAGACGAGCUUUAGAUGCGGAUGGAGAGAUCGAGGUUGGCGAUGCUGUGACAGAGGACGUCGCUGAUGACAAUAUCGGGGAAGAUGAAGAGCCUGCCGAGCGUGAUGAAGUCAACGACGCUGAGACAGCAGCAAAACUUGAAGAAGAAUCUACAAAGAAGAUGUCCGCGAUGGAGUCUCUGGCGACGUUGGAAAAAGAAUUUGCAACCUUGCGUGACAAGAUUUUUGACGAACGAAUCAACAAGCUCAACCGCGAGCUUGAAAUGCUCAGCGGUCCGAACCCAACGCAUCCUGAGUAUUUGCGCCAGAUUGAAUGUGUGGAACAAUACCGCGACGCCAAGAUCAAAUACGAGCAGACAUUGUUCCGCUACCGCAAGGAGGCUUUGAUAAACAAGAGCUUGGCGGAGCGGGCGCAAAUACACAGUACAUUUUUCCAGCGCAUCCGGGAUGUGCGAGAGUAUUACUCGAGUGCGGUCAGCAAGCAGUUCUAUGCUAUCCAGCAUGAUCGCUUCAAGACGGAUGAAUUAAGCCCACAUCAUAUCAUCCCAUUCCCAACCCGUCGUUCCCAGCAGAUCGCGAACCAAACUGCCUACAACCAAGAAGUUUCGGUCAUGGCUGGCGUCGCGAAAUAUGUUGGCUUCCCAGCAGCUCCGACAUUACUGGGCGCUCGCGCAUCGGAACUGGACGACGACCUUGAAAAGAUGGGAAUACCCGUUGAAACCCGAGCUUCAGCCCCGCGGCAUUCGUCGGCAUUGCCUCCUCGGCCUGCCAUGUCGGCUAUGUCAUCCAACGUUUUCCGCACAGCAGCCGAAGAAGCAUUCUUAGAACAGACGCCGUGGGCCAACCCACAACAUCCAAUCCAUCAACAACAAGCACAGCACCAGUACCCGCAGCAACAUCGGCCUCAAGGGCGUCCCUUUGAGCAUCAACAGGCGACAUCUUUUGCAACCCCAGCAGCUCAAAAGCGGGUGGUAGACAUCAAUGCCCCUAACGGAUCGGCGUCCACAAUCCCGGAGAAUAUCUCGGUUGCAAACUCCUCGGCCAACAACACUCCUUAUGGAAUUGAGCAAGAGUCACGGCACCAGCAUCAAGGCCCCUUCCGCAAUCCGGACUAUGACCAUGAGCACAAAUCCGGCUAUCGGUCUCAAAGUUCCUCACCGCUAGAUGUGCGAAAAUCCCACCCACACGCAAGCCAUGUCAUGGAGCGUCACUCGCCCGUGCCUGACUCUUCCUCCCGCAACCCUAUCUUCUCCCCUCCCCCAGUUCGCCAAAGCUUGUUUCAGCCUACUUCCAGGCCGGAUAUAUCCCCGACUAUGGCUUCCAAGACGGUCGACGCAUUACAUUACCAUCCUCAGUCUGAGCUUUCAACAAAAUCUGGGCCAAGUCACAUGCCUGCACGAUAA